UGUUUUUUUUUUCCAACUUUGUCCUAAAAACACGCAACUGUCUCAUGCAACCUUUCCUCUCUGUGAAAGAUCUGAAGACGGAGUCAGCGCGAGAAAGAGAGAGGGAUGGGUCUGUUCUCCAACAGGAUCGAUGAGGCGAGUCUGAAACCCGGGGAUCAUAUCUACUCGUGGAGAGCUGCUUACAUCUACGCCCAUCACGGAAUCUAUGUUGGAGACAACACGGUCAUUCAUUUCACCCGAAAUGGCCAAGAAGUUAGCUUGGGGACUGCGCUAGAUCGCCUGCUCGCAAGCUCGAUGACUGUUCGACACCAAGCAUUUUGUCCGACGUGCAGCCUGCUGCCAAUCGACGGCCAUGGCGUCAUCUCAUCAUGCCUCGACUGCUUUCUAGCCGGCGGGACCUUGUAUCGUUUUGAAUACUCGGUCAGCCGUUCCUACUUCCUUGUAAAGUUCCGUAGUGGAACCUGCACCCUCGCUGCCUCGGACCCAGGUGACAUGGUCAUCAGCCGAGCCCAAAAACUUCUCGAAAAGGGGUUUGGAGUCUACGACCUUCUCAAAAACAACUGUGAGGAUUUCGCGAUUUAUUGCAAGACAGGGCUGGUGGUUGUUGUUGUUGAACAAGGAGCAACGGGGCUGAGUGGUCAGGCAGCGGUGGCGAGAGGCGGGCAGCUCGAGUCUGUGUUUAACAUCCUUAUCGAUCUGGCGGUGACCAAGAACAUCUAUGCAACGGCUGUGACUGUGGUCCGCACGCAUUGUAUGAAUAGAUAUGCUGCUGAUAUCAUAAACAGAAGGGAUGCGGUGAAGAUCACGGUGGAAGAUCUCACGAGAAGUCGUUCUUCGAAGGGGCUUGUAGAAGUGAUUGAUCCUCAUAUGGCAGACAGUAAACCCCAAGCAGACAAGUCAGCUGCCUAGAAGCCGUUUCUGUGGUCUGGCCACUUUCUAUCUAUCAUCUUCAAUGUUGUUUGAUGUUCUGACACACGCCAUUGAAUUUUGAAACUGUCGGUGUUAUGAUGGCGAUAC